AUGCUGCCCGCCUGGAGCGACGUCGUCCAGCGGCGGCGGCGCGGCCGGCUCGGCGCCGGCGCGUUCGCAGCUUUCGUGGCGCAGCGCGCAACAGCGGUGGCGAGCGACGAGACAAAGGCUGCACCGCAGGAGCAGCCGAUCGACGAGCAGGCUGCCGACGAGAAGCCGAUCGACGAGCAGGCCGCCGACGAGAAGCAGAUCGACGAGAAGACACACGAUGACGCGGCGGACGCGUGGGAGCGCGAGCUCGCGUCGUACGCCCAACAGCGCCUCGAGGCGCUGCGGGCCGUCGUCAGAGCGAAGGCGCCGAGGCUGGGAGGCCACAUCGGCCGAGCGAUCACGCGCGCGCUCUGGUCCUUCGCCGCGCCUGUCCUCGCCGCCUACCGGCCAGCGCGUAUCUUCGACGCGCGGCGGUCGCUCGCGGAGGACAGCAACCGACUGGCCUACGGCUUCGGCGUCGCCGUCGACGAUUCGGACGACGAUCCGGAGCGGUUCGCCGUCUACGUCGCCGACGUCGCCGGUGCCGUGAUCGUCCGCUUCCGAGGCGACCACGUCGACAUCCUGGGCGAGGGAGCGCUCGCGCGUCCCUACGACGUCGUCGCGACGCGCUCCGGGACGCUCUACGUCGCCGAUCGAGACGCGAACGCGAUCGUCCGCGUCGACGCCGACGGCUCCGCGGAAACCGUCGUCGCCGAGCUCUCGGCGCCCGUGGCCCUCGCGCUCGACGCCGACGGCGCGCUCGUCGUCGCGGAGCGCGGCGCGGACGCGGGCGUCCGCAAGUACUGGCUCGACGACGAACGCGAAACCUCCGCGACGCUCUCGGGCCCGGGCUUCGCGGGCGAGCCCGUCGGCGUCUGCUGCGGCGCGCGGCGCGCCGUCUUCGCCUGCACGACGUCCCACGAGGUCCGGGCCAUCGUCGACGAGACGACGGCGGCGAAGCGGACCGCGCCGGCGGCGCCGGUCUCCCGCAAGGUCGCCGGCGGCGCGAACGGCCGCGGCGCGACGCCGGCCGCGGACAUCGUCAUCGACGCCCGCCGGGGCCUCUAUGAUCGGCGCACGGGCCACCGCCUCACGAUGAACCAGGAGAGGUUCCGCGCGACGGACCAACUGAACGCGCCGUCGUCGCUCGCGGCGCUCCCGCCGGCGGACCGCGGCGCGCCGCUCGAGGUCCUCGUCGUCGACCGGCGCAACGCGCGCGUCGUCCGCCUCGCGCCGGGCGCCGGCGUCGCGCCGGAGGUCGUCGUCGACGGCCUCCGCGACCCGUCGGGCCUCGCGCUCGACCGGCUCCAGCGCCUCUACGUCGUCGAGGUCGCGCGGCGGCGGGUGGUGAGGUACGACCCCGUGUGGGUCUGA